CUCCUCUUUCCACACUCUCAAAAGCUCAUCCCUUCUUCCCUCAUCAAAAUCAAAAUCAAAAUCCCUCCAUCUCAAAUCAAAAACAUUCAUCCAACCAAAAAACCUACUUUCUUUAUCUCUUUUUCCCCACUAACUAAAAAAGAACUCACAACUUCCAUAUCCCUUUGCUUUGCUUUGCUUUGCUUUUCUUUUCUUUUCUUUUUCUCUUUUGUUUUUGGAUUGUUCUUAAAUCUAAUCCCCCGAAAAGAAAAGGAAAAAAAAAUGAUCCAAGAACUAUUUGGUGUAUCAGGACUUUUAGCUGCGGCUGGAGACACCAAAAUCUCCAUCAAUAAUACUUGUUCAAUUCUAGAUUCUUCCCCUUCCACUUCCCUUUCUGCCUCCGCCACUGCCGCCAGUAACGCCACCGUAACGACCACUGCCACCCCAACAACGUCCUCAAAUUCGGAAGGCCAAAACUUGCGGUGCCCAAGAUGUGACUCUUCAAACACUAAAUUCUGUUACUACAACAACUACAACCUAACUCAACCUCGACACUUCUGUAAGACAUGUCGCCGCUAUUGGACCAAAGGUGGAGCCCUCAGGAACGUUCCCAUCGGUGGUGGCUGUCGGAAGAACAAGAGCGCCGCCGCCACGGUGGCUGCUGCUGUAGGGAAGUCUACAUCUGGAAAAAUGAAAACGUUAUCGUCUGAGAUACUGGGUCGGGUCGGAUUCGGAAAUGGGUCGGCGUUGGAUCACGAAAUAAUAUCAUCGCCCACGCAAAUUCUGUGGGGGUCGCCACAAAAUUCUCACCUUCUGGCUAUUUUGAGAUCCGCCACCCAAAACCCUAACCCUAGUAAUCUCACCGCUUCCCACGUCAUCAAUAAUGACCCACCGCCGUCCACCACGCCCUUUCAUGCUCGGACCAUGGGUUUUGAUGAUCCUCCGGCUGGACCUCAUGUUUCUUCUCUGGGACUCUGCAGCUCUUACUGGAGGAACAAUCAGAAUCAAGUUCAUCAUCAACAAAAUGGGUAUCCUCACGGCGGUGGAGAUCAGGUCCACAGCGGUGCCAGUGGGAUUCAGGAGCUCUAUCAGAAGCUAAAAUCGUCGUCGAAUAAUUAUUUCAGCGACAGUCACCAGGGAUCUGUGGGAGUAACGAAUGUGGCUACGACGGCUACGGCGGCGAUUUUGGAAGCAGCGCCGGUGGGCGGCGGCGAAAUGACAGGUUUCUGGAAUCCAGCUUUUUCUUGGUCUGAUGUUCAUGCUAGUGCUAAUGGAGCAUAUCCUUAAAAAAAAAAAUGAAAAAGAAAAAAAGAAACUUUGUUUUAUUUUCCCUUAAUUUAGGUUUUCUUUUUUCCAUAUUAGGAUUUAUUUUUGUUUGUGUUUUUCUGGGUUUUUGGUGUAUGAAAUGAAUGGAUUAUUUACCAUCACUGUUUCUCUUUUUUGGGAAAUAUUAAUUACAGUGUGUGUGUCUUCAAAUUAAAUUAACCUAAUUAUAUCUGAAAAUUUAUUCAA